CUACGUCUGCAUGUUAGUGCUUUAUUCAGCAUGCUGAUUACCUUGCGUAAAUAGCCUAUUCUGUUCGUUAGCCUACAUAAGCACAUGACGUAUUCUGAAUAUUGCCAUAACCAGAAUAUGGUCCUCCUUAAUUGGAAUAUGGGGUACGGAAACGUAGCCAGUGACAUGGCAUUCAACUUCUUAUGUAGCCUAAUAUUCGCUGAAAGCAUUCAAUAAUGUAGUUGCGUUUUCAAAUGCGAUAUGCAUUUACGUGAGUAAAAAUAACAUCGCAAAAUAGCCUACUAAUUUGCAGUAUAGCCAACAGUGGAACGUGUAUGAGAGAUGGUAAGGAAAUAGUUAAGAUCACAUUUUCCUGCUUUGAAACUCCAGUCCAGAAGAUGGCAGUAGUUCGUCCUAAUCUUGUUGGUGGACCAACCAUCAUAACAGAAGAAAUUUUGAAGAUCCACGAGAAAGUUUGUUUUGCUAUUGUGCGACACCGUAGGAGAUUGGUCCGAAAGAACGAUCUACUUGUAUAAAUCUAUUUGAGAUCUGGAGUCUGACAUGACAGGAUUUACUGAAUCAAUACCACUGCCCAUGCCAGUGAAUGAGAUAAAAGAAGAGUUUGAUGAUUUCCUUCAAGAGUACCUGUUUGCAGUUCAGAAGGUAAAAGAAAACCCUGAACUGGAUAAUGACUGCAAGACUGAAACACACAUAUCAACCUUUAACUGUGAAGAACAGCUGCCUCCACUAAUGGAAAUAAUCAAAGAAGAAGCCUCUAAUUUCAGAGAAGAUAUUCAGAAAUACUCCUACCCUACAGAAACAGAUGAGAUGAGACAUACUGCGGGAAAGACCCAUCAUUGUACUGGGUGUGGAAAGGCCUUUUGCAGGAAGAGUCAUCUCAAGUCCCACCAGAAGAUCCACACAGGAGAAAAGCCGAAUCAGUGUACUACAUGUGGGAAGAGUUUCAGGACUAGGGGAGAGGUCAACACCCACCAGCGCACACACACAGGAGAAAAGCCGCAUCAGUGCUCUGACUGUGGAAAGGCCUUUGGUCAAAGGUCUCAUCUAAUACAACACCAGAAGAUCCACACAGGAGAAAAGCCACAUCAGUGUAAUACAUGUGGGAAGAGUUUUAAAAGUAGAGCAGAGGUCAACUCUCAUCAGCGCACACAUACAAUAGUAAAGCCGUAUCAGUGUGCUACAUGUGGAAAGAGUUUCAAGAGUAGAGCAGCGGUGAACAUCCAUCAGCGCACACAUACAGGAGAAAAGCCGUAUCAGUGCUCUAACUGUGGAAAGGCCUUUAGGCAACUCUCAUCUCUCCAGCAACACCAGACAAUCCAUACAGGAGAAAAGCUGUAUCAGUGCUCUGACUGUGGAAAGAGAUUCAGGACUAGGUCACAGGCCAACAUCCAUCAGCGCACACAUACAGGAGAAAGGCCUCAUCAGUGCUCUGACUGUGGAAAGAGUUUCAAGACUAGGUCACUGGUAAAAACCCAUCAGCGCACACAUACGGGAGAAAAGCCGUAUCAGUGUACUACAUGUGGAAAGAGAUUCAACACUAAGGCAGAGGUCAAAAUCCAUCAGCGCACACAUACAGGAGAAAAGCCGUAUCAGUGCUCUGACUGUGGGAAGGCCUUUAGUCACAGAUCUAAUCUAACAAAACACCUGAAGGAGAAACACACAGGACAAACAGGAGAAAAGCUGUAUCAGUGCUCUGACUGUUGAAAGGCCUUUGGUCGAAGCUCUCAUCUAAAGGAAAACCAGAUGAUCCACUCAGGAGAAAAGCCACAUAAGUGCUCUAACUGUGGAAAGGCCUUUAGUUUUGUCUCUCGUCUCCGGAAACACCAGAGGAUCCACACAGGAGAAAAGCCGUA